UCUCGUUUCGCCGUCCCUUCCACUUUCUCUCUCAUAUCCUCUCCGAGUCUUAAUCCUUCCCCGUUAAGAUUCUUUCCACUUUCAUUCCCAUUCUUAUCUGAUAUCUCCUCCUUCCCAAAUCACAACCACUUCUUCUUAUCAAUCAGGUUGAGAGUUCUUUCAUCUGCAAGCACAGAUCCACAUAUGGCGGAAGAGCACCGAUGCCAAGCUCAAGAAGGCCACAGACUCUGCGCCAACAACUGCGGCUUCUUCGGUAGCCCAGCCACCAUGAAUCUCUGUUCCAAAUGCUACGGAAACGUGCGUUUGAAGGAGCGAGAACAAGUCAAAACCAAAUCCACCAUCGAAACCGCUCUCUCCUCCGCCGCCUCCGCCGCCGCGGCUUCUUCUCUGCCGCUGGCCGUCGAAUCCAUCUCUCAACCGCCGGUGUUGACUUCGCCGGCGAUCGCGCCUGCCGCAUCGGGCUCCGCGUUCUUCGCGGCUGUACCUGUACCGGUUCAGCAGAACCGGUGCGGGACGUGUAGAAAGCGGGUCGGGUUGACCGGGUUCAGGUGCAGGUGUGGAACCACGUUUUGCGGGGCCCACAGGUAUCCGGAGAAACACGGGUGUGGGUUCGAUUUCAAGGCGGUGGGGCGAGAGGAGAUAGCUCGAGCGAAUCCCAUGAUCAAAGCUGACAAGCUGGAAAAGAUUUAAUCUGCACCGUUGGAUGAGUAAAGUGAUUUGUGUGAGUUGAUCAGGACCCUCCUUGGUGCGCCUCUUCGUUACGAAUCGAGCGACCCCGCUUAUUGAGAUGUAUAAAACCUAUCUAUUAUGACGACAUUGGAGACUGGAGAGGUUGAAUAAAUCAAUCAUAUUUACGUCGCUGGCUUUGCUUUGUAUUAAAAAAAAAAAAAAAAAAAGGAUUUUCUUCUGUUGGACGGAACUGAAAUUUCUUGGUCCACCCACUUUCAGAAAUCGAGGGGUGAUGGAAAUGUAAAAUGCACUGCAGUUUAAUUUUCUUCUAAUCUUCUAUGGCAAAUUCUAGUGGGUUGAAUUUUUAUUUUUUUUAAUACAGGAGGUUGAAUCU